UACGAGGGUCAGGCAACGACCUGAAGAAAUUUCGAAGAAUCGAAAGUCGUUCAGUUGGUGUCGCGUCGCGUGCCGAGCUGGUCGUUCCGCUGUAAUAUUCAACGGAACGUUUCUUCUCUUUUCUUGCUUCCCUCGCGUCGUUCGGAUGCGUCGAGACGCUCGCGACGAUGGUAUACGGAAAUUAAGUGAAGAUUCGCGAGUCCCGCCGGAUUUCACGGGAAAUUUAUUAUUCUGGAAUCGUGUGUUCUCAUCGUGGAUCGUCGUCGUUUGAAAAAUAUUCCAGUUUCGACUCGCGGAUCGUCGUUAACACGAAGUAACGGGGUGUUGUAACGAGUAAUAGUAUAAUAUCGUAUCUCGCGCGUUCGAAAGUCGACGAGAUGAUGGUUCAGGGGAGCUCGUUGUGCGUGUUACUAGUGGUGUUGAUCGGUGCUUUGUUGGUAAAAUCGGAACCUGGACCACGGCCACGGCCACGACAAACGCCGAUUUACAGCAACCAGUUCGCCGUUCACGUGCCCGAUGGACCAGAAGCUGCUGCAGAGGUCGCCGCCAAGUACGGUUUCGACAACUAUGGACAG